CAGCCGUCACUCCUAUCUCUCUCUCACACUCCAGUCUUGCAGACUCUCACCCUCCGCCCUUUCCUCCGCUCCAUCCGUCUUGUCGUCUUGCCCAUCGCUCUAUCAAUCCUCUGUGAGCGGCAGCACCAUGAGCCUGAGGACCAAGCGGAUCAGCUCCAGCAGUUCAGUGCGGAGCAGCAACGGGAGGCUGGGGAGCCCCGGGGCUCUAGGGGGCUUCAGCGGGAUGUCACUGAGCAGCAGCCCUCUGUACGGGGGCUCCAGCAGUCACCUGGGCCCCUCCCUGUCCUCCCUCUCCGUCAACAGGAGCCUGCUGGUGCCACUCAACCUGGAGAUUGACCCCAGCCUGCAGCUGUCCAGGACCCAGGAGAAGGAUCAGAUGAAAGGCCUCAACAAUCGCUUUGCCUCUUUCAUUGACAAGGUGCGUUUCCUGGAGCAGCAGAACAAGAUGCUGGAGACCAAGUUUGACCUGCUGCAUGGUCAGGGGUUGGCUGACUCCAGCGUGGAGCCCAUGUUUGACGCUUACAUGGCCAACCUGCGGCGCCAGAUGGACGUGGUCAACAAUGACAAAACCAAGCUGGACGGAGAGCUGAGAAACAUGCAGGGACUGGUGGAGGACUUCAAGCACAAAUACGAGGACGAGAUCAACAAGAGGAACAACCUGGAGAACGACUUUGUGAUCCUGAAGAAGGAUGUGGACUCUGCAUACCUGGUCAAGGCUGACCUGGAAGACAAAGUGGGUGCGCUCACAGACGAGAUCAAUUUCCUGAGGAGCAUCUACGAAGAGGAGUUGAGGGAGCUGCAGGCCAGCAUGCGGGACACGUCAGUCAUCGUCCAGAUGGACAACUCCCGGCACCUCAACAUGGACCAGAUCGUGGCAGAGGUCAAGGCUCAAUAUGAGGAUAUUGCUGCCCACAGCCGUGAGGAGGCGGAGUCAUGGUACAAGAACAAGUUUGAACAGAUGUCCAUGCAGGCCAGUCAGUAUGGUGACGAGCUGAAGAACAUCAAAGGAGAGAUCGCUGAUCUCAAUCGCAUGAUCAGCCGACUGCAGUCUGAAAUAGAGGCCGUCAAGGCCCAGCGAGGGAACCUGGAGAACCAGCUGGCUGAGGCUGAGGAGCGGGGGGAGCUGGCUGUGAAGGAGGCCAGGGUGCGGACCCGGGACCUGGAGGAUGCCCUGCAGAGGGCCAAGCAGGACAUGGCUCGUCAGCUUCGGGAGUACCAGGAGCUGAUGAAUGUGAAGCUGGCCCUGGACAUUGAGAUUGCCACCUACAGGAAGCUGCUGGAAGGAGAGGAGGACAGGCUGGGCCAGCAGUCCAUCCUGAGCAUUCAGGCUGUGGCCAGUCACAGUUCCAAAGCAACCAAUGGUUACCAUAGCAGCUCCCCAACUCCCAAACUACUGAUCAAGACGACAGAGACAAGAGACAACUCCAGAUUCAGCUCUCACUGAUAAUUUUUCUGGAGACAAUAACUAGUUACACAAAAGAAAUCAGAUUAAAAGAUCAUGUUUCUUAAGUAACGUACAACUGUUGUUUUCUGUAGUUACAAAACCUCAUCUCUAGUAUAUUGAGGAAUAUUGAGUAGGCCUAUGUAAGAAAUAAGAAUUGUGUUUAACGAAAAAGUUGCCUUGCCUUAUAUAAAUGUAAGGGACUUUAGUACAACAGUUUUCAAUAA